AUGACGCGCUACAAUCCAACUCGAGGCGGUCCUUUCCAUUAUCGCGCUCCAUCCCGUAUCUUCUACAAAGCCGUCCGAGGCAUGAUCCCACAUAAGACCGCUCGCGGCGCAGCAGCUCUAGAACGCCUGAAGGUGUUCGAAGGUGUGCCUCCACCAUACGACAAGAAGAAGAGGGUGGUUGUUCCUCAAGCAUUGAGAGUGUUGAGGCUGAAGCCUGGGAGGAAAUGGUGCAUGGUGGGGAGAUUGAGCCAUGAAGUUGGAUGGAAAUAUCAGGAUGUAGUCAAGACCCUUGAGGAGAAGAGAAAGGUGAAGAGCGCCGCAUACUAUGAGCUCAAGAAGGCGAUGAGGAGGCAAUUAGCGGAAGCGCAGAAGAAUGUCAAGGUGGAUGACAAGACAAAGAAGCAACUGGAGAAAUACGGAUAUUAG